ACAGGAGUUCACUGAGCUGCGUGUUCACGUGGAGCCGCCGUCACGACCGAGAACCUUUCACCCCGAACCGAGUCGGAACCGGAUCCAUCACCGGGUCCAGCACCGGGUCCAGCACCGGGUCCAGCACCGGAUCCAGCACCGGAGGAAGCCGAACCCACACGAGCCGGUGAGUGACCGGUUUUUGAAUUCUGAUCCCAGUUCAGCUGGUUCAACCUUCUCUAAUCCUCUGAACCUCCGCGGCCCACCGACAGUAACAUUCGACUUCUUCAUCUUCAUCAUCUUUGUCUUCAUUGUGAGCAGACAUGCCCUCAGCGGCAGGUGGUCCUGUGGUAUACACCCCCCCUGAAGGUGGCUGGGGCUGGGCGGUGGUGGUGGGAGCCUUCAUCUCCAUUGGCUUCUCCUAUGCCUUCCCCAAGUCCAUCACAGUGUUCUUCAAAGAGAUAGAGGUCAUCUUCGAUGCCACACCAAGUCAGGUGUCCUGGAUCUCCUCCAUCAUGCUGGCUGUCAUGUAUGCUGGAGGCCCAAUCAGCAGCAUCCUUGUGAACAAAUUCGGCAGUCGACCAAUCAUCAUAGUCGGUGGAUGUCUGUCAGGGUCCGGACUGGUCGCAGCCUCCUUCUGCAACACUGUGGAGCAGCUCUACUUCUUCAUAGGAGUCGUGGGAGGUUUGGGACUUGCCUUCAACCUGAACCCGGCGCUCACUAUGAUUGGAACAUACUUCUACAAGCGCCGGCCCAUCGCCAACGGCAUUGCUAUGGCAGGCAGCCCCGUGUUCCUGUCCACCCUGGCUCCUCUCAACACCUGGCUCUAUGAUGAGUUUGGAUGGAGAGGCAGCUUCCUGAUCCUCGGGGGACUUUUACUCAACUGCUGUGUGGCCGGGGCCCUCAUGCGCCCCCUCAGACCCAAUCCUCAGCCCGCCAAGCUGGAAUCAGAAGCCGGCGAGGCCAAGGCAUCGGAGCCCGCAGUGCAGCCGCAGCAGAAGAAGACAAUCCUGCAAACCAUCAACUCCUUCAUUGACCUGACGCUGUUCAAACACCGCGGGUUCCUGUUGUACCUGAUGGGAAACGUCGUUAUGUUCUUCGGUCUCUUUGCUCCGCUCGUCUUCCUCUCUAAUUACGCCAAGAGUAAAGACAUCAGCAAGGAGAAGGCAGCCUUCCUCCUGUCCGUGCUGGCCUUCGUAGACAUGUUUGCCCGACCGUCCAUGGGCCUGCUGGCUAACACCAAGUGGGUCCGGCCGAGGAUUCAGUAUUUCUUUGCAGGUGCCGUCCUUUACAACGGCGUUUGUCACGUGCUGGCGCCGCUGUCGGUGGACUACACUGGAUUUGUGGUGUACGCCAUCUUCUUUGGUUUUGCAUUCGGCUGGCUGAGUGCAGUGCUGUUUGAGACACUGAUGGACCUGGUGGGGGCUGAGAGGUUUUCUUCAGCCGUUGGUCUUGUCACGAUAGUGGAGUGUGGACCGGUGCUGCUUGGCCCGCCGCUCACAGGUACUUUCUAUAACUACUAUCAACACUAUGACUACACCUACAUAACCUGUGGCAUCAUCCUCAUCAUCGCCAGCGUGAUGCUCUUUGUGGGAAUGGGCAUCAACUACCGCCUGUUGGAUCGAGAGAAGAGAGAGGAGGAGAGGCGAGAACGAGCCGAGCCCAAAGAGGAGCGCGCUGCCAUGCUGGCCCCCCCCUCUCCAUCCAAAUCAGAUGAGGAGGCGGGCGAGGGGAGCAACGUGCCAGGCGCCAUCCAGUUGGAGGAAGUGGCCAAAAUGGACGAGGACACAGUGUAAAGAAAAGAAAAACAAACAGAAGGACGCACACACGGCUUUGCACACUUCCCACUUCACACAUACGUUAGCUGCAGUUCCUCAGUACAGCCACACGGUCUUGAUAUAGUGAACAAGCCUAAAGCCAUAGAAACACUUCUAGGAUUCAAACCUGAGACCUGCUGCUGUGAUGUGAAGCUUGGAGCUGCCACCACCGUUUAGUUCUGGUAUGGAACGUGCCUUCAGUGAACUCACGUCCUCCGCACCACCUUCACACCAGCUGUAGAAUAACCCCGUCAGCUCAUGAGUCUCAGGGUCUUCUCACUCUUCACUCGUCCUCCACUCUGCCAACAGUUGUAUUUUUACACUAUGAUCAGAUACUGUGUUGUACAUGUACAUUUCCUGCCACUCUGAGACCACAUAUCCAAAUAAGGGACUCGUGGUCUCAGGUUCUGCUCACGUGUCAAACUAAAAAGUAACUUCAAGAACUUUAUUAUUUCAUUAACAAAAAAGCAGCGAUCAUUUUAACCUUCAGUCAAGUUUAUGACGCAGAAAAACAAAGAUGUAGAAAAGUGAGAAAGUUGGAAUCAGGAGCGAGGAUCAGACCUGUGUGUGUGUGUGUGUGUGUGUG